AUGAACAUUCUCCUCACACCGCACCGCCGAAUAUCGGGCUACCAUUAUGGGAUCUUCUGCUGCGAGUCAUGCAAAGGUUUCUUCAAGCGCACUGUUCAGAAUGCCAAACGUUAUACAUGCCAUCACCCGAAUGCCAGCUCACUUUGUGAGAUCAACGUAGCCUCUAGGAAGAAGUGUCCUGCGUGUCGAUUCCUCAAGUGUGUGGACAAAGGGAUGCGAAUCGAAGGUACGCGUUUGACGUUUGCACUCUUUUAUUACUCUCUCAUGAAACGGAGGGCUUUUAUGCUAUACGAAAUAACAGUACACAGUUUCUAA